GUAUGAGGACAUUAGGUUGGAUGCAGUUAGGAGUCCUUAGUAUUUUGGCUUUUUAAGAAGGAACGCUUAAACAACCCCCAGAACAUAUUUCUGUUCCCUUUCAAAAAUAAAAAGCAAGUCAACAAAAUAAUAAUAAUAAAGCUGGGAAAUCAACUUUAUGAGUUCAGGUCUAUUUAACCUCAACAAAUGCUUUUGGAAGUACCUGUGGAAAUAUGUUCUGCUCAUCAGCUAAAGAUAGGAUUCUGGCAGAUACAGAUGUAAACAAAAGUGCCUCUCUGCCUGCGGAAGAACAGCCUGCUCCACCUGAUGGCCCCCUUCCUGGCUCAGUGAGUGACCAAGAAAAGAAAGUAAGAUUAUCUCCAGCCAAAAUGUCAACUAAGAACGCUACAGAUCUAGUUGAAUAUGUUGACAAGGGUUGCCCCUUUCUUCCUGUCAUGCCAAGCAACCAAACAAGUCAGCUAGAAGACAGGCUGAAUAACCAGGAGCGCACCGUAGCCUUCCUCCUUGAACAGGCCUUCCGCAUCAAGGAGGACAUCUCUGCUUGUCUCCAGGGAAGCCAGGGCUUUCGAAAAGAAGAAUCCCUUGCCAGGAAGUUACUAGAAAGUCACAUACAGACCAUCACCAGCAUCGUCAAGAAACUCAGCCAAAACAUUGAGCUCCUAGAAGACCAAAUAAGAAUCCGAGACCAGGCGACCACAGGAACUAACUUUGCAGUGCAAGAUCUAAACAUCAAACACAUACAAGGAGUUGGAGACCUUCGGGGAAGAGUAGCCAGAUGUGAUUCAAGCAUUGUGAAGCUUUCCGGAGACAUCCAGUUCAUCAGGCAUGAAUGCCGACAGAUUGAGAAAUCAGUUCAAGAACUCGUUUCUGCCCUAGAAACCAUUUCCAAGAACUUGGAUGUGAAGGUAAUGCAGCUCUUAGGAAAGAUAGAGGCCUCUACCUCUGAGCACACCUCAAAUUUAAAGAUGAUCCAAGGAGAUUAUCAGCAUGAAAUGAACAUCUUAGAAUUCAAAUUUAACUCACUUUCUAAAAAUUUAUAUGAAGAAGUUGAAACCAAUCAAAAAUGGACAGAAAACCAGUUUAUCAAGUACAGAAAAGACCACCUGAGCCACAUGAAUGAGUGUCUGAAGGUUGUGCAGGAAAAGCUGGAAAAAUCUGAGAAUAAGAUGGAAGAAAAAAUGCUGCAACUUUCAAGCAAGUUGGAGAAUUUUAUUAACUCCCAGAAACAGGAGGCAGAAGUAAACAAAGUGAAGGCCAUAGAAAAUAAAGUGUCCAAGAAAAUGAGCCAAAUAGAGAAGCGGAUCUGGGCGGAACUAGAGAAAAUGCAAAAUGACUAUCAUUCAGGAUUUAAAUCAAUCCACGAUUCCCUCAAUUCUCUUCAACAAAUACAGAAAACAAAAAUGGAUUUAGAGAAACAUAAAGUACAGAAAGACCUAAAGAAAUUACAGCGUAAAAUAGUGGAACUCCAAGAAGUGUAACUUUGAAGGCACUUUCUUUUCCAGCAGCUGGUGCAAGGGUUUGUUGGGAAAAGUUGUGAAUAAAAAAAUGGGUAUCUUCAGGAUA